AUGGAUCACUCAAGCAAAGUAUUAAACAAUAAGGUAGCUAUAAUAACGGGAGGAGCAAGAGGUAUCGGAGCGGCAACGGCGAGACUGUUCGCGGAGAACGGCGCAUAUGUCAUAGUUGCUGAUAUCCUCGAAAAAGAAGGCAUCCACGUGGCAGAUUCCAUUGGCGGGUGUUACGUGCAUUGUGAUGUUUCCAAGGAGGCAGAUGUGGAGGCCGUGGUGGAGCUAGCUAUGAGACGUAAAGGGAGGCUUGACGUGAUGUUCAACAACGCCGGGAUCGCUGUGAACGAAGGUAGCAUCACGGAGAUGGACGUUGAGUUGGUUAACAAACUUGUUUCCGUCAAUGUGAAUGGUGUCUUGCACGGCAUCAAACAUGCCGCUAAAGCCAUGAUCAAAGGGGGAGGAGGAGGAUCCAUAAUAUGCACAUCGAGCUCAUCAGGAGUGAUGGGAGGACUUGGAGGUCACGCGUAUACGCUUUCGAAAGGAGCCAUCAACGGGCUGGUGAGGACAACGGCGUGCGAGCUCGGCUCUCACGGCAUAAGAGUGAACAGCAUCUCUCCUCAUGGAGUUCCCACUAACAUCUUGGUGAAUGCUUACCGUAAGUACCUUAACAAUGACAAACUCGACGUGGCUGACGUCACCGAGAUUGUGGCUGAGAAAGGGAGUUUGUUGACCGGAAGGUCUGGCACUGUGGAGGAUGUGGCUCAAGCAGCUUUGUUUCUUGCGAGUGAAGAAACUUCGGGGUUUAUUACCGGACAUAACCUGGUCAUUGAUGGUGGUUACACUUCUGCCACUAGUACCAUGAAGUUUAUCUACAACUAG